GGCGAGCACGAGCCGAGACGACAGAGAGACGAGACCAGACGAACGAGCAGCUACGCCCUCCACAAUUCGUGCGCCUUCCUCCCUCCCUCCCCCACCACCACCGCCACGCCUCCCGAGGCGACGAAUCGGGCCUCCUCCGCGCGCCGCCGCCACGCCGAUAUUGGAAGGUGCUCUGACGGCUGGGACACCGGCGUGAGUUGCAUGGGGAAAGGAUGCCAGAGCUGCGAAGCAGUACUCGCCUAGCGCGCCUGAGGUCCAGGAAGCUCGACGAUCAGCAACCAGCAGAGCCGGCUGAGAAACCAGUGCCACCUGCUCCACGGAGAGCAGGGAAGCGUGCUCCUGUCCCUGUCGUCAGGGGAAGAAAGGGCGCUGCUGGGAGAAGAGCGGUACCAGCACCAAGACGUACGAGAAAGGGGGCUGAGGUUGUCGACGUGGACACUGACCCAGCUUGUGAAGAGCCCCCUAAAGCUGUUGCUGUACAGGAAGUUGUCUGUGAAGCCAAGAAGCCUGUUUUGAAAAAGGUUGCUGAGUCCAUUAAAGACUUAAGAAUGGAUGGUGGAAGUGCAGACAAGCUUGUCGGGGCUGACGAUGAAUCUACACCAAUCCCCGAGAGGGUUCAUGUAGGUAAUUCUCCAGUAUAUAUAACUGACAGGAAACUGGGUAAAGGUGGCUUUGGUCAAGUCUAUGUUGGUCGAAGGGUAUCUGGUGGGACUGCUCACACUGGUCCUGAUGCCUAUGAGGUUGCGUUGAAAUUUGAGCACCGAAGCAGUAAAGGGUGCAAUUAUGCUCCCCCAUAUGAGUGGCAAGUUUAUCAGUCCCUCAACGGCUGCUAUGGUGUACCAGCGGUCCACUACAAGGGCCGCCAGGGCGACUACUAUAUCCUUGUAAUGGAUAUCCUUGGUCCCAGUCUUUGGGAUGUGUGGAAUUCAUUGGGGCAGAUGAUGUCUCCGCAUAUGGCUGCUUGUAUUGCUGUAGAGGCCAUAUCAAUUCUCGAGAAACUUCAUUCCAAAGGGUUUGUUCAUGGUGAUGUAAAGCCGGAGAACUUUCUGCUUGGUCUGCCUGGAUCACCUGACGAGAAGAAGCUUUUCCUUAUUGAUCUUGGUUUGGCAUCAAAGUGGAAGGAUCCGGCAGGUCUACAUGUUGAUUAUGAUCAAAGACCUGAUAUCUUUAGGGGAACAAUUAGAUAUGCGAGUGUACAUGCCCAUUUAGGUCGUACAGGUAGUAGAAGGGAUGAUUUAGAGUCUCUGGCAUACACCCUCUUAUUUCUAAUAAAAGGAAGAUUGCCUUGGCAAGGCUACCAGGGGGAUACCAAGAGUUUCCUCGUUUGCAAGAAAAAAAUGUCUACUUCUCCGGAUACCCUAUGUAAUGCUGCUCCAGCUCCAUUCAAACAUUUGCUUGAGACUGUUACAAACAUGAAAUUUGAUGAAGAGCCAAAUUAUGCCAAACUUAUUUCUCUAUUCGAUGGUUUGAUUGAAGCACCUGCAUCAAGGCCUAUCAGAAUCGACGGGGCCCUUAAGGUGGGGCAGAAACGUGGAAGAUUGCCUGUAAAUCUUGAAGAAGAUGAGCAGCCUAAGAAGAAAAUUAGAUUAGGGAGCCCCGCGUCGCAGUGGAUUUCAGUUUACAAUGCCAGGCGCCCUAUGAAGCAGAGGUACCAUUACAACGUGGCAGACAACAGGCUCCAACAGCACAUAGAAAAGGGAAAUGAGGACGGCCUGUACAUUAGUUGUGUGGCUUCUUCACUGAAUCUGUGGGCUCUCAUUAUGGAUGCGGGUACUGGUUUUGGUUCUCAAGUUUAUGAACUAUCGCCAGCUUUUCUACACAAGGACUGGAUAAUGGAUCAGUGGGAGAAAAGUUUCUACAUAACAGCAAUAGCCGGAGCAUCCAAUGGAAGUUCAUUGGUUGUAAUGUCUAAAGGAACUCCUUACACUCAACAGUCAUACAAGGUUAGCGAAUCAUUCCCCUUCAAGUGGAUCAACAAAAAGUGGAAAGAAGGUUUUCAUGUAACAUCCAUGGCCACAGCGGGAAAUCGCUGGGGAGUAGUCAUGUCAAGGAACUCAGGCUAUUCUGAACAGGUUGUAGAGUUGGAUUUCCUGUACCCAAGCGAAGGUAUCCAUCGACGAUGGGAGCAAGGUUACAGGAUAACCUCUUCGGCAGCCACUAUUGACCAAGCCGCUUUUAUCUUGAGCAAGCCAAAACGGAAACCAGUAGACGAGACACAAGAAACUCUCCGGACCUCCGCCUUUCCCAGCAACCAUGUAAAGGACAAAUGGGCGAAGAACCUGUACAUCGCUUCGAUCUGUUAUGGGCGAACAGUCUGUUGACCUCUGCAAAUUGAAUUUUCCAAAGGAGGGAGCGACGUUUAAUUAAUAUAGUAGUUUGUGAAAAAAAAAAGAGAAUCAAGUGAAGAGAGCCGCCAGGAUAUAGGAUUAGAAAACAGAGGGAUGUUGCUGUGAAUGGGUAUCCAGCCGUAAAUUGUGAAGGGAUGUUGUAUGGAAUGCAGGCUAUAUAUAAUUAUAUAUGGACCUUCUCCAUAAGUAGCUACGUAACAUAUUCCGCAUGGAAUUCAUGUCUCUUUGCCGUGCA